AUGGAGACCGUCAACAAAUACGUCAACGCUGCUUCGACUGUCAUUUGGGGUGAGAACAGCUCCCCUCAGGCCCAACAGCACGGCGAAGAGCCCCUCUCCGGUGUCCAAGGCCAAGGAAGUGCCACAGAUCCCUAUGAUGGCGGCAACCGCGAUGAGCAACCCGGCGCAAUCAAAUCAGACGUCAAUACCGCACCCCAGCACCCCAUCCUAAGCAACAAGCCCCAAAGAACCGAGGUUACUAGCAUCACCACCCCACACGCCCCUCUUUCUAUCAGCGCCUGCACCAGCGUUACCCCCGCUCUGCCAAUCACCGGCGACUCUACAGAAGCCAGCGAAAGCAAAGAAAACAAGCCCAUCUCCAGCGGUUCUACAGAAACCAGCGGAAGCAAUGACGACAACAGCUCCAGCUCCAACAAAGAACAGCGUAGCACCUCGCAGGCCGAAGGUGGCGAGAGCAGCGAAGCUGCCGGCACAGCAGGUUCUCACGAUGUGAGCAAAGAAGCCCUCAAGGGCCCGCAGGGUCCCGCGCCGAGACCCGCCGAGGACUUCGAGAAGGAGUAUAGGGGGAAGAAGUCUUCAGGUAACGAUGAUGAUGUUGAGCAGAGUUCUGCGAGUGAAUCUAGCGAGAAGACGAACGACUCGCCUUUGAGCAAUAAUUCUGAGUCUUCUUCUCGUGGUAGUGGGAAGCAGGGUGCCAUGUCGAAGGUGAAGGAGAGCGUUAAGAAGCAUCUUCAUCACUCGAGCAAAUAA